AUGAGUUUUCAAGAUGAUCCAUUAACAAAUUUCUCUCGUUUACAAAUAGCCGGGCAAUCAGGCAUUUCUUCUGAUAAAGAAGUAUCAGAAAGAGAUACUAUGUUGCUCAAAGAGCUUGAAAGUGUUCAAAAAUUGAAUAGAGUGAUUGAAAAAGCUAUUUCUGGCUUAACAAAGGCACAAGAAAAUAUGGAGAUUGUAGAGCAGACAGUUAAGGAUGCAGAUAAGCUUCUUGAACAAUGGAUCAAGAUUUUAAACCAAACAGAACAUACUCAACAGUUAGUCUUGAAUAAAAAAUGGCAUGGGGCAACAAAAGAUUUAUUAGAUUUAGAGAAUGAAGUUUCAAAAACUAUAGAACAACCACAAGAAACAAAAUCUUUUGAAGUAUCAGAGAAAAAGAUAUCAGCUAAGGAAGUAAAGAAAGAUCUAUCAAAUACGUCUUAUGUAAACACUUCGGGCGUAGUAGAUAGCGGAAAAAGAGUGAAAAAAAAGGAAACUGCGAAAACAUAUACUCAAAACAAAAAAACCACUGUAUCAGCAACAAGUAAAGAAAAUAUAAAGAAAAGUUAUAGAAAAUGA